CCAAGCAAUCGUGCACAGCGAGAGAGUAUAGUACUGAUGCCGGAGAUCUGUUGAUUGGAGAUGGUAAACUCCAAAGCCUAUCCUCAUACGAGAACCUCUUCAUCUGUUAAAUUUCUCUCAAGAAAGCCAUCUCCUUUUGUCAUCACUCUUUACAUAAUUUUUCUCUUUGCUUUUGCCAUAUCUGUUUUCCUCUUUAACACACGAGCCAUAUUGGAAGACGAGCCAAGUCCGCUUAUCAGUGAAGUAUCUGAAUCCCAAUCUUCGCGGGUACCAGAUGAUCAACUUUGGGGUGCAACUUUCAACAAUGGCCUUCAACCAUGUGUCAGACCCACUGCUAAAUACAAAGAGGCCCAAGAAUCACACCGGUAUAUCACUGUAAAAAGCAAUGGAGGACUAAAUCAGAUGCGUACUGGUAUAGCAGACAUGGUGGCUGUUGCACACAUCAUGAAUGCAACCUUAGUUAUUCCUCAACUGGAUAAGCGUUCAUUCUGGCAAGACUCAAGUACAUUUUCAGAUAUCUUUGAUGAAUUCCAUUUUAUCUCGACCUUACAAGGAGAUGUGAAUGUUAUCAAGGAGCUCCCAAAGGAGCUGGAGUCUGUCCCAAGGGCCCGGAAGCAUUUUACUUCCUGGUCUGGUGUGGCUUACUAUGAAGAAAUGACCCAUCUGUGGAAGGACUACCAGGUAAUCCAUGUUGCAAAAUCUGAUUCUCGGCUUGCAAAUAAUGAUUUGCCUAUUGACAUACAAAGAUUGAGAUGCCGUGCUCUCUAUUACGCGUUGCACUUCUCUCCUUCAAUUGAAAGCUUAGGAAAGAAGCUUGUCGAGCGACUGCGGUCACGAACAGGAAGAUAUAUUGCUCUUCAUCUGAGAUAUGAAAAAGACAUGCUAUCUUUCACUGGUUGUACUCAUGGUCUGACUGAGGCAGAAUCUGAAGAGCUGAGAAUAAUGCGGGAGAACACAAACCAUUGGAAGGUUAAAAAGAUAAACUCAACAGAGCAGCGAAUCGAAGGCCUUUGUCCCCUUACUCCCAAAGAGGUGGGUAUAUUUCUACAAGCCCUUGGUUACCCUCCCUCAACUUCAAUUUAUGUGGCGGCUGGGGAAAUUUAUGGCGGUAAUACUCACCUCUUAGAGCUCACAUCCCGUUUCCCAAAUCUAGUUUUUAAGGAGAGGCUGGCUGAACCACAAGAGUUGAAGCAAUUCAGUAAUCAUGCAUCUCAAAUGGCGGCACUUGAUUACAUUAUUUCAGUUGAGAGUGAUGUGUUCAUUCCAUCAUAUUCAGGUAACAUGGCAAGAGCUGUUGAGGGACACCGCAGAUUUUUGGGCCACCUAAAGACAAUCAUCCCAGACAGGAAAGGACUUGUCAAACUUUUUGACGGCCUUGAUAGUGGACAGCUGACAGAAGGGUCAUCGCUAUCACGUCUUGUGCAGCAAAUGCACAAGUAUAGGAAGGGUUCUCCAAGGAGAAGAAAAAAGGUCCAGCACCAGGAAUUAAGGGGCCGAGCACGUUUUAGGACUGAAGAAUCAUUUUAUGAGAAUCCAUAUCCUGAGUGUAUAUGCAAAUCUAAGGUUCGAGGACAUACAUGAAAUCACAGCACGACUAUGAAAGUUGCAGAAUUUUCUGAUGUGAGAUUAGCUUAGAGACUCAGUGAAGAGCCUAAGUGGACACUUCCAACACCAGUUCACCCUCUUUCUCCCUUUUCUCUGUCUCUCUCCCUCCCCCUUCCUUUUUGUUGCAGCCAUUAAUGAAUACAGGCAGUCUGAAAAGUUGGGGGAGUGGAGGAAGGGUUUUGUAAAUCACAUUCUCACAUUCUUUUUCAUGUUCUAGGGGUAGGAGAAAAUUCAUAAGCUGCUGCAGAUACAGAUGAUGAUCACUAUCUUCUUAUUAUUUAUGAGAAAUUACAAAAAAAUUACUCUACUUCAUCCUUUUGUAUAAAAAUUGACUAUGGAAUA